AUCUGAACGCUCCAGCCGUAAACGUUGUCGAAACUGGCUACAAGCACAAAUCAAGCUGGCCACCAUGGUGACCAAUGCCACGAACAACAACAAUUUGCAGGCAAACAACAACAGCCAAACACCAAACAAUAACAACGAUGACUUUGACAUUGAUCAGGACGAUGGCCUCCAGGAUCUGGGCUUGCCGGUGUCCGUCCAGACAUUUCUCUGGCGUCAAAUUGCCCCCUUCAUAAGACCCAGACUGGGCAAACUGCAUGAGGCCAGCUGCAUGUUUUGUCAACAUGCACCAGGACACCACGAAUCCAAAGAAGCUUGCAAGUCCUUUGAGAAGGUGCUUGUGCAGAACAUUCAGUUUGGUCUCUCGCCUCCGCUGACCAAGGCCCUGGGCGCCAUUCCCCGCUGGCGUCUCCUACAGGGUGCCCUGCCGCAUGUCAUGCAUGCCUGCGCCGCAUUGUUAUACUGCCGCGUAAAGGAUAUGCAGGCUAUUGGGCCAGUUGAGACCAAAUUGCUUUAUACGAUGCAAUGGAUUCUCCUUUAUGCCGCCGAGGAGUGUGCUGAUGAUGAGGAUGGGGAUGAACUGGGUCUGGCCGAGGCAGCUGAGCCCAAACCCAAGCCAAUGGAUCAGUAUCUGUUCUCAGUGCCAACAAUAACCUUAUUUGUGUACUUGUUUGCACCUAUUAUACAUCAUCUGAAGGAGUCGGAUUUUCAAAACUUUCGCCUCGAAAAUGGCAUCAAAUUGUGGCAGGGCAUGUGGGACAAUCGUGCACCUGGUGCACCAUGCUUCACUGCACCCGUAAAGCCCAAGGCACGCAAUUUGCUGUGUGCACCAACUCCAAAAGGAUCCACGGAUGUGUUUCAGGGUCGCAAGCAUUCCCUUGGACCGGAUGCCAUGUCACCCAAAGCGGAUUCCCCACAGAGUGGCAUAACCGACUAUGGUCAGGAUGAAGAGGGCUCCUGGGUGUCAUCACCCAAAGAAUUCUUUCCCGAGACCAUACCUGAAGAGGCUUCCAGCAUUGAGGAUGAACGUGUCGUUAUCUUUAGGUUGCCAUCGGCCCCACAGCUCAUGGAUAACUCAUUCUUCACCGCCGAUGCCAGUUUGUUGCAACAACAGCUGCAGCAGUCGCAGAGUCGCCGUGGCAGUCAUCAGUCCAUGAGCUCGAGGGACAAAGAGAAGGUACCCUCCACCAAGUUUGAGUUCGAUCAGCAAGAACUAACACGCGGCGCCUCCAUGAAGGAGAAACGUAGCGCUUCCGUUGAGAAGGAAUCGGAUUCUGUUAAGUCAGAGAGUGUAAAAGCGGAUGUUUCAGCUGCCACAUUCCUAGAUGUGUCAGUUUUACGUUGUCUUUUCAUUUCGCACUGGCAGGAGGAGGGCAUCUUCUGGAGCUUGCAGUAUCUUUAUAACAGACUCAGUGAAAUUGGCGAAGAAGCUGCCAUCACAUUAAAUCAGCCACGCAAGCGAUCCAACUCUUUGCCAAUACCACAAAUUGAGAUAUCACUGUACCAGGGCCCGGGAAGCAACAGCCGCGACAGUCCUGGCAGUUCCGUGGUCAAGGACUACAUUGAAAUCCCCGAGCCAACAGCCGCCGUUACAGCGAGUGCAGUUGAAGAAGCCCAAGUCCUGCCCAGCAAUACGGAGCGACGGGGCAGCGAGAAGAAGAAACGGGUCAAAAUGGCCGAUCUUAGGGCUUUUGUCGAGACAAAGAUGUUCUCGAAAUCGGAGAAGAAUCUGGAAAAAGUAGGGCUCGAAACAAUCUCUGCCAAUGGCAAGAUUCCACUGCAACAUGCAGAAUACCAUCGAAGUCUGGACACUGGCGAGAAGAAGUUAUCACGAUCAGCCUCAAUGAUCACUCGGGAACCGGCCAGUAAUCUUAUUAAAGGAAAGUCGAUGCCUAGCUUGAGCUGUCUGCUCGAUAGCGGAUUUUACAGGUACGUUGAGCCGCCGAAGGUGUCAAGGCCACCACAUACCACCUGCCCGCGGUCCUCCACAGCAUUUUAUCCGCGGAAUCCCAUCAUUACCGUUACGGAGCACACGCCCACCCCGUCCCCGGACUAUUUGAAACGUCAGGGCUCAAUUGAUUCCCAACUGGAUGCAUUGAGCAAUGGUGGAAGCAUUGCCGGAGCAGGUGGUGGAACCGGAAGCGCAGGUGGUGGCAGCACCACCACCCGAUAUCGUGGUCCAAUGCUACGGUCCCAUACAGACUCGCAUAUCGAUUACACGGGAGUUGAUGAAUCUGAGGCACCGGGCUCUUCAUUCUAUAUAACACGCGAUGGCGGCAUCGAUUAUGAGAUUGUCCUUCUGGCAGUUAGCAGCGUCUUUAAGCGAGAUCCUUCGCAGGUCUGCUCUCUACGUGUUCUGGAAGCUGGCCUCAACAUCUGCGAGCUGCUCAUCGAGAUGGGAGUGUUGAAGCUGGGCGAGCAUGCCCAUGAGAUAUCAAUGGGCAUAACACGACGCGCUCUCCAGGUGCUGGGUUGUCCACAUGGUUGCAAUGAUGGAGUUCGUGGUCCUCCCGCUGAUUUUCUACGUAAUCAAUGCCAAAAGAUACUUUCGCGGAUGCUUCGUCAGGCAGGACAACGCACCAAGCGAUUUCUGCAGGAAAUGGUUAAGAGUUCGCCGUUGCCAGAGCUUAUAGAUUACUUCCAUGCCUUUCUAGCCUUCUGUGUGGAUCCAAGUUCCCUGCUGUCCCCAUUGACUCAUAAACGUCAGAGUGGAUAUAAAAAUGUUAACACCGAUCUUGGUGGUGUACCAGGUCAGGGCGGCUAUUCGACCAAUUUUAGUGGCGGCAUGAGCGGAGGGGCCGAAGGCCAAGUCGUUGGAGCCGUAUUCAAGCAGCUGGUCAGCAGAUUUGUGGAGGCCAGCAAGGAUCUAAAGACGGCCGAAAAUGUGGCCCUCUACAGUGACAUACGACAGCUGGUCACCUACGUGAAGGGCGCCCACGGUGGCCCCUUCCGUUUGGUGGCCCUCAGCGGUAUACUGGCGGUCACGCCGCGUCCACACAAGAAGGGGCCAACGGCUCAAACCACCAGAGUAAUACGGCAUAUUCCUCAAGCAGAUACCACACAGGGUGUCUCAAAUGAUGAUAAUCGCUCGCAACGACGUCUGCUGCUCAAGAAACGGAGCACAUCCUCCGCCUGCGCCGUGAGUUUGUUGGAGACGGAACCCUGCGAUGAGCACUACAAGACCAGUCAGUCACCGCUGAGCAACUUCAGGCGACGCACGACUGGAGUGAGACCAACAUUGACACCGCGGCACAGUGAGCGUGCGCUGCUCUCCGAUUCCACGUCCAGCUCGGAACGCAAUUCGCUGGGACGGCUCAGCGGCUUGGUGCGCUGGUUCCGCGGUACGCCCAAAGAGGCAUCGUCCAUUGACCUGGAGAUAGGCUCGCUUAAUCCCGAGAUAUCAUCCACAUUCAUGCGACACGCCUCGCUGAAGAUUCAGCGUGGUCGUUCCAGCGAUGGCAUUGGGCGUUCCAUACAGCGUGCCAAGCGACGCGUUGAGCGACGGCUGAACCGUUUCGGCGGCAUUGUGAAGGGCAAGAAGAAGGUGGGCGGUAUCGAAGAGACAGCGGACUACAGUCGACGCAGUUCCUCCGACAUGUGCGACGGACCCCGUGAGUCGGAAGUGGUCAUCCUCAAGGAGCGCAAGCUGGUGCCCACCGAACCGGUGCGUAUCGGCAUGCUCCGGUUAUCUUUUCUCCUGGAGACGUGUGCGCCGGGCUCAUUCCCAGAUCCGCAGCUAAUUGCUGCCGUCUUGGAUCUGCCCCAAGCGCCGCUGGUAACACGUGCCACAUUCCUGCUGGAGUGUGCCCACUUUGUGCAUCUGUGCAACAAGGGUCAAUGGCCCAUCUGGAUGAAGCAGAAUUUGGGUGGAUAUCGUGCCUCCGGCGCCAACAUCAAUCCCACCCAGAUGAAGCAACAAGUCAGCCAGACGAGCGCUCGACGUACUCACAUACUUCUGAGAGCCGCUGGCAAAAUGUUCCAUCAAUGGGCUGAGAUGGUGGGCGCACGUCUCGAGGAGAUUCUCUUUACAGAGCGCCUGCAGUACGAGGCGCUUAACGCCAGUCUCACCGAUCCGGAGAAACAGCGCGAGUUGCUGCAGCAGGACGAGGAGGAGGACUUCCUGGAUGAGUCCUCCGUCAAUCCACACGGCAAUGACUGUCCACAUGCUCUAAAGCUAAUUGCCUGUGUGCUGCUUUUCGAGAUUACGGCUUUUCUACGCGACACGUACAUCACGUUGCCCAAGACCUCCAAAAUGCUCCACAGAGACAGACCCGCACCAUGGGAAAAAGUAUACCGGGAGGCGAAUCGUCGCUGGUCCAUGGCCCUCAGUUCCAUGGGACACUCGCAGACUUCAGCCCAGAGUCUGCAGUCCAUUGCAGCGGGCAACGAUGGUGCUGGCCAGACUGAGCGCAAGAUUUCCUUUGUGCUGCACGAGCCGGACAACGAGUCGGAGAACAGCAGCAACACCACUUUAACCAAAGAGGGUGAAGAGGCUCGACGUCCCACUGCCUCCGCGGUGCGUCCAUUUCUGCUGCGACGCGGUACAGCAACCACAACUGGAGGAUCCUUCAAACGACGCUCCCUGAAACUGCGCAGGAAUACCAAGGAUGGCAAGGAAAUCGAAACAGACUUCAACAUGCAGUCGCGACGUAAGGUCUCCUCGCUCUCGGAUCGAAGUGACACCUCCGAGCAAGGCAUUGUCAGCGGUGGGGAGGAAUCUCCGGGAAUACUCAGUGACGAUCAGCAGCCGGAAUCGCCAACGGACUCAAACGAGAACGAUGAAACGGCCAAGAAUAUGCCCUGGCUGAAGGCAGUGAUCGAUUUGAUCACCAGCUACAACUAUUACUGCACCCACAAGGGCUACUGUCAUCCCUUCUGCUACAAACGACACAUGCGCUCCUGCACGCGUCUUAUAAAGGCGACACGUAAGGUUUACGGAGAGGAAUUUGGAUUCAAUUUCGACGUAGAUCAUCCUACUGUUGAGCCCACGGUCAUUACUGCCAGCAAAUCCUCAGCUCGUUCUCGUUCGACUCGGAAAGUUUCGGAGCAAAGUUCCACACAAACUUCACCGUCCAAGCGCAAGGACAGUUUAUCCCGCAAGGAUCGCAUCAGCGAUGAUCCUGAUAUAGAAAUGGCCGAGAAGUUGGCAAGGGCCUUUCGUCAGGAGAAGGAGAAAAAGCUACAGGAGGAGCCGCCCAUUUUGAAGUUUAUUCGCAUUCAUAUACGCAAUCUUUUCCACUUUCCACUGGCCACAAUGCUGAAAGGGGCUGUGGUUCUGUCCGAGGAACUGGUCAUCGAGGCCAUGCCUGCUGCGUGGGAGCUAUUGCUGGAAACCAAUCACGAUACAGCCACUUCCAGUGCCGCCGUCUUUCUGAUGGGAUCAGUGAAGGCUCAAAACUUUGCCUUUGACAUUAUGCAGCGGGCUCUGAAGCAUAAGAAUCCGGAUAUACGGAUUGGCGCCAUCCAACGGUAUCUGGUGCUUUGGAAAUGCCGUUUCCAUGUCUGGCCACGCAUGGAGGACAAUGCCCACGACGCCACCUUUAAAGUGCCCCCAGGAGGCAUUGAGUUCACGCUGCCCUCACCCAAAAUUGGAAUUGAAAGUCUACCAGUUGUAGAUCCUCCCUGGAUGCCAGUGCAACAGACAAAGGACAUGGACAUGACUCUCAAUCAGGAUAGACAUCGCUCCCUGGUGACCGCCACAAAGAGUCGAAAGAUGCAGCAAACGGAGGCGAUACGGAACGCACUGCGGCAACAACGGGACAAACAGCGGGCAGAGCGUCACAGUUUCCUCAUCACAAUGAUACCGAUAAGUCAACAGGCUUCCCAUGAGCCGGGCAUGGAGCAUGAAGAUCACGAAAUCGAAGAGGAUUUGGAUGGCACACGUGCAUCCUCGCAUCUACAUCAUGCCCACUCUCUCUUCCCCUCGGUGCUGUGCUCUUCGGUGAUGCAGAUAGUCGGAUGUUUGGAUGAUGCGGCCAUUGGAUCGGAUGGAAAUGCCGUUUACGAAGUGGCCUACCAAGUGAUCUGGGUGUGUCUGGUCGAGGAGUCAGCAUUGUUUUUACGCUAUGUCUUUGAGCGUCUAACACGCGAUCGCCAGGAUCAGAUGUUUAAGUUACUUCGACAUCUAAUUCGCUUCGUUCCACGUCUCCCACAACAGGCAGCCUUUGCCCUUUACAACUCCAUCAUUGGCUACAUUAUGUUCUAUGUGCGUUCAUCCAACGAACUGAAGCAAGAGCUCGUGGGAUCCGCACUGUCCGUGCUUUGGAUGGUUGUACACUCAGUUCAUGGCAUUAUGUUCAAGGAUCUAAAGCAAAUAUUGCGCAAGGAGCAAUGCGAUGCAUCCAUAUUGUUAACAGCUAAUGUGCCGGCUGCCAAAAAGAUUGUGGUGCAUGGCCCCGCUGAUGAUGAUUACAAUAUACCAUCGCAGUUUCCCGUCCAGGAGGACACAUUGUUCUGUCAGCUGUUGAAGGAGGCAUUGGACUAUUAUCCCAUUGAUGAGAAGAGCAUCACACACUACUGUCUGGUGGACUACAAGAGCAACAAAAUACUCAAUCCCAAUUGGUAUAUAAGGGAUUUGUAUUUCUUCAAACGCUCCCAGUAUCCGGAAGUUCGUUUAAUGCUCAUGCGUCCAGAGGAAUCAUUUCUGGCACUCCAGAAGCAAGAGUUGACCAAGAAAUUUGUUGAAAUUGGCAAGGUUCAUCUCACCUGGGCCAUUCUUAAGAAUGUCGACAUGGUCGUUCAGCGAGUUGUCUUCUUGCACGAGGAGCUCAUGAAGCUCCCUUCGUUCCCGCGGAAGGCGCUUGAGGUAGACCUAGAUCUUCAUCAUGGUGGAGAAUAUGGUAAGGUGCUGCUUGGCCUGGAUGUCCUUCAUAAGUUUAUGUGGGUCCGACUUAUUGCCCGCAUGUUUGAGGCGAUGGCCGGAAACUUUGCCUACUCGGCGGACAUUCAGCUCUUCCUCAAUGUGCUCUCCGGUGCUUCCAUCCUGCACGCCGAGGACUCCUGCAUUAUGCGCUACGUUAUGGCUACAUUUAUCAACGCCGCCUUUAACUUCAAGAACAUCUUCUCCACAAAUGGCUACUUCAUGAUUAUGCCCACCUUGCUCCAGGUGUACUCACUGCACCAGACGAACAAACUAAUUACCACAACUAUCGAGUACGCCGUGAAGCAGUUCUAUCUGCUCAAUCGGAAACCCUUUAUUCUACAGAUGUUUGGUUCGGUUUCGGCCAUACUGGACACUGAUGAGGAUGGCACUUACGGAGAGGCACAUAAAGUGCAAUCGAGUUGCCUAUUCAAUUUACUUCUCAGCUUGGAGGAUCCCUCGCCGGAUCCGCUCAACAUUGCCGAGCUGGUCAAAGAGCCCAAGCCCCUGAAAGCCAUUGACUUCUGUUACCACGACGAGGAUGACGAUGUCACCGUCCUUGACUGCAUCACUCUGUGCGUCAUGGUGGUAUCCUACUCAGCUGAAAGCACCCGUGGCUACCAAAUGCUGAUCAUUCUGGAGGCCAUUCUUCCCUGCUAUCUGCAACAAAUCCAAUCGCCCAGCUACAUUCCACUCCAAGGUAAGUCCGAGCGCGAUAUUAUACUUCAACUGGCAGUCGCCACCAGAACAAUGGUCCACAAUUGUGAGGGUCUGGCGAAAAGCUACAAUGGACCCUACCGCAACAGUCCGGAACACAAGGGAUCCUCGCAGCGCAACUGUAGUCGCGGUCCGCCCUGUUCACCUGGCAUGGACUUUGAGGAGGAGUCGCAUACGAAGUAUGCAACGGAUCCGCGCACCAAGAACAUGAUGGACUCGGCCGAGGACUCGGAAAUGAUUCGCACCGAGUACAGACGACCACGUGAUGUUCUGCUCUCUGUUGUGGCCGACUUUCUAACCAAAUCGACAACUCGGCUAGGUGAGCUGGCCAAGAAGCUGCCCACGAAUGACACCAAGCCAACCGAGGUGUUGGACGCCAAGUGUCACAUACGCCUGGCGGACAUCGCCCACUCGCUAUUGAAGGUAUCACCCUAUGACCCGGAGUCCAUGGCCUGUCGGGGAUUACAGCGAUAUAUGCAGUCGGUGUUGCCUCGCGCAGAGUGGUCAAAUGAUACACUGCGGAAUGCUUUGGUCACCGUACUUCGACGCAUCGACAAGGUGUUCCUUAAGAUUUCGAAGAAGCCAUCGAUACGCCGCAAUACUGAUUGGGAGGCGGCAGCCGGGCUGCUUAAGGGCAUUCACGAGACGAUCAUAAGGCAUCCAUAUGUCCUCCACUGGCAACAGAUGAAGACACUCAUCAGCACGGUCCAGAAUCUGAUUGUCAAUGAACCUGGCACCGGUAUACCCGAGGGCGUCUCCAGUGCAGGUGCAGCGCUCAUGUCUCAGAAUCCGCCGGCCUUUUUCUGCUCGGCCGUGGUGCGCCUGGUGGCACUGCAGGUAGUUAGUCCCGUUGACUGCUUCUCCCUUGUCCAAAUCUGCGGCGGCAGUGCCGAGUUUGCCACGCAGGAAAAGGCCGAAGGCUUUCUGAUGCAUCUGAUCAUGCCACUGUGCUUGAAAGUUUGCUCCGGUCGCGGUGUCUCCGAUGUCGGUGAACUGAAAAUGAGCGAUGUCACAUUCCUGCUCACCGCCGUAUUGAACGCUAUGAGCCCUCCGGCAGGUCGUACCGGCCAGGCGGUGUCCCAGAUAAAUCGAGUUACUGGCGAUCUUCGCGCCGGCUCUUUGACCUUCACUGGCAGUCGGGAUGCCAAGCGACCGGCUCGCAUAUCAGGUUCCCUAUAUCAAGCCGCCUUCCUGGCACUUCGCAUCGUCUGCAUUUGCUUUGAGAAUCGUCUGUCCAGCGAAUGGCCGCGGAUUGUGCGCGUCAUGCGUGACCUGGGCAGGCGCAAUGAGGCAGCGCCCGAUCUUUGGAGCUUCAUGGAAUUCGUGGUCACCCAUCGCACGCCUCUCUACAUCGUGUUGUUGCCCUUUAUUUUGCACAAGAUCUCACAGCCUCCAAUUGGCGACCACGAGCGGCACAUGCAGUUCAUCAUUAGGGAACGACUGCGAGGCACACCACCGCAGGGUGGACUGAAGUCGAAGGGUGCUCUGCUCCUUGAGUUAGCCAGAGAGCUGCGCGAUUUGCGCGACGAGUUGGAGGAUAAGCGAUAUGUGUCCACAGAUCGCGAGAGUUCCGAGCAGAAAAAGAGCGACACUCCAGCCGCAACCAGCGUCGCAGAUGCCCACAAGUCGCAGCAACGACCCUCGCUGAUAUCCAUAUUCACGGGCACCACAACGGGUCAGGCCACGCACUCGCAUGUCUCCGCCGUGCCCAUCGACUCACGCAGUGGCUCUGGCGGCAUAUGCACUCCCAGCGAUACACUCUCACAGCAGACGCUGCAUCCACCGCGGGAAUCCUUGUCCAGCAACUCCACAGGUCGUGAACCGCAUACCACGACCAGCGAAAGUCACAGCGGUGACGUAGCCGUGGGCUCAGCUCCAACUUUAAUUGGCCAAUCAUUGGGCAGUGGACCCAGUGGUUCGGGACAUGGCAUCACUACAGCCUCGCCACUGCCUCCGGGCGUUGUCUCGCAGCUGUCCCAUUCACAAUCGCUGCAGCAGGCGCCGUUCAAGGCUCAGCCGCCAAGGCUACGCUUUGUGUCAUCCGUGGAGUUCCGACACUCCUCUGGCGAGACGUCUACCACACCGCUCUCACCUGAGAGUCCCGCCGAGGACAGUUCGGGUGAUCACACACGCUCGCGCUUGCAGCGAUCCAAAGCAGCUAGUCGCAAGACUUUCAGGUUGAAGCGCAGUCGCCUCACUCCCAUAGAGACUCCGAGCAUUGUAACUCAACUUUCCCAGGAGGAGCAUCAGGCCAAGGCAAUUGGCGAAAUAUCCUGGGACUCAGUAUCACAAACUUCUUCCACAUCCGGCUAUCGGGAUAACAACAGCCUGCAGACGGGUCUUCUCUCUCCCGAUGGCUCGCUGGGCGGACUUACUUUGGGACGAUCACCUUCUCAGCACUCUCUGCUGAUGGUUUUCGAGGGUCAGGACGAGGACACACUCAUUUAACAAUCACAGAACGGCGACCGGGCCUACGAGCUUUAGGACAGCCUCAAUCUAAACUAAAUUAGGACAGAUAUUAUAGUUAGUAUUUACGAAUAUGUAGUUGAUGCUAAGUUUUAUAUUAGUACGCAUAUGUACGAGUAGUUGUUUUCCAUUAUGUGCCCGAUUUUGUAUGUUUUGAUGUAGAUCGAUUAGAAAACUAUUAAAUAAAUAUGAUAGCCACUUUAAA